AGGACGUCAUUGUUGUAUUCGUAUAGAAGCAAAGUUUCGACGUUCCCGUGUCCGUGCACCUGCAGAUACAACAUUUUAGUUCUUUGCAAAGGUAGGAGAAUUACGUUUACCAUUUGUUGGGAAUAGUUACGGCCGUAAACCUUAAACCGAACAAAAAAUGCUUCUCUCGGAUAAGAUAAAAAGACGAAAAAAUUGCCCAGGGGGCACCUGGUUUAGCCGUUGCCAUCGCUUUGGUGUCGGUCAUGUUCUCGCAGGUGCCGCACUCGGGACGCGGGGCUCGGACGGAUCUUCUUUCCUCCGAUCAUCACCUCGGGGAGCGGCCUCAAAUGCCGACCUUGGCAUCGACGCAGACGCGGCGUCAUCAGCUCGUCUCGGCACCGACGCACAAGAAGGUUCGACCAGGGGCAGUUCGGAGUACGAGCACGAAGAUCAUAGAGCCUUAGGCAGCGCUGCAGCAAAUUCUAGUGCAGGAAGUAGUGGUCUACUGGGACGACGAAAAGCAGCUGCAAUAGCCGCAUCCUCCGCGGCCGGCGCACAUCAGGAUGGGACGACUUCCGCCCGCGCGCACGAGGAGAAAAAAGAACCUCUUAGUACAGGAGGUGAACGAAUUUUUACACCUCCAUCGAUAAUAACAUACGCAGCUCCACGUCCACCUCCACCAUCCUCGCUUGUUGCCCAUGAAGGAACAGCCAGAGGGUCGUGUGUCUCGCCGCCUUUUCUUCCGGAGGAUUCCCCUCUGUUGAGCUUCCAUGAAGCAGCACUGAGGCCGGCGUGGUCAUCCCCGAAGAGUAGUUCAUCGUCCUGCUACGAACAACAGCUACCCCCGCCCAAUUGGGCUACUACUUCAUCUCCUGCGGAGCACGACCAGCACUCGCAUUUGAGUUGGACGUGGGCGGGGCUAGAGACCCGAGGCGGGGUGAUCCGACGAACGACAAGCACCGCGAGCACGGGAAUCCCGGAGGACGAUAUUACACCGACCCAGCCACAACAACUCACGCCCGGUAGCUGUUCUUCCUCCAGCAGCACUGCCCGGCCGUAUCUCACGUACUACCGGCCCUGCAGCAGCACGGGCGCCGCCACACCCAUGAGUUGCACUUCCAGUCCGGGCCUGAGCGCCAGUAGUCGGGGUAGUCCGGAUUUCGGUCUGCGAAAGCGAACUUCGUUCACUACUUGUGAGGAAGAGAAAAACGAUUUUUCAUUUUGUGGACGAUCCCUCCAGGAGGACCGGCCUUACAAGCCUGACGCGGUGGAGGAAGCGGUCUUACUUGGUCUGCUCCCAGAACCAGCCGAAGGAGAGGCAGCGAAGAUAUGCGAGGAACUAGACGAGUUAUUGCUGCCGCCGCCUGCAGCGCCUGCAGCCGACGGCACCUCCUGCGUCGUUGUAGACGGUUGCCUUUUGGCGUCCUCUCCGGCAGCGAGGUCGUUUCGACGUGAAGAGAGCCCGCCCGAAGACGUUCGAGCGGCAGGCGAGCAGACGAAAAUGCCUUCAGCAUGCUUGUCUUCGUUGCCAUUUCUUGCAAAAGAAGACACCGAGGAGGAGCGUGAGGAAGCAAAAACUGUUUUCCGGGUGCUCAAGCAACGACUCCUGCCGAAAUGUGGCGAGGGCUUCACGGAUGAGCGGCCGCUGAAUUUCUUCGAACGCAGUAGCUGCUGGGCGGAAGUGGGUAGUACGCAGCGAGGACGAGGAGCAGCAGCUAGUCCUACUACACAGCUCGACGACGUUGAGCUUGCUGAGGAGGUCGAUUCUGAAGACGAAGAAGAUCCUCUCGGGUUGUGGACAGGCGAGCGCGAGACUGACCUGCCGCAGGAACUUGCAUGCUACAUUUGCCAAGGACUCUUCGAGGAGUCCGAUGAGCAGCUUUACGAGGGCUUUCUCGGCACUGAGCACACAGGGACGGAAGACGACAUUGAUACAGUGAUUCCUCCUGCGGAACAAGAAGAUGAGCGCGAUGAGCAGGAAGAGCGGUGGGUAAACGAUGCAGAGAUGCUCGUGCGUCGUGGCAUAGCAAAGUUGCACUCAGUGCUGGCCGCGAAAUGCAGAAGGCGACGGCCGAAUCAUGACCCGGCGAGAGCGGACCAGGCGCAAGGUCACGCACGGAAUGCAGAAGUAGAUGACCAUCUUCGCAAUAUGAAUGAGCAGGGACGACGAGCACGAGCUGUUCCAUCAGCCAAGGCCGCUGCCAUGUUGAAGAAGUUGCGGCGGCGCUUGGUGCGCUACUCCCGCUUGACGGCGCGGAUACAGUGUAGCUUGGCGGAGAUCCCCGCACAGUUGCUGGUGAUGUCGCUAAUUCUCAACGGCGGAAUGCCAAAUGGCUUUUGUGACGUGCUGCGCAUCCUCUUGUACCUCGUGGUAGAUUUUUAUCCCUUCUUCUGGGACGCGGAGACGGUGGCCAACACGGAAGAAGAGGUGCUGUCCGUGAUGCGAAGGACGCUGACGCUGCUAAGUCGGGUUGUGGUUCGGGCGGCGAACCAAAGCGCCGGGGUCUCUACGCCGGACUCUCGGGAGGAGGAACGAAACUCGCAAUACCGGUUUUGGGCCGCGCUACGAGAGGAGGUAGAUCUGUUAACUGCGCAGGGUGGCGUUCGGGUGGAACAGCUGGCAAACGAAAUCCAGUCGGCGCGGGAGUCCCUCUUUCGGUAUUUGGAGAGCGGAAAAGUGGGGGACGCACUAGGGGAUUGCGAUUUGAGCAACCGAUUGUUUCGAGCAGAGGAGCUGCGCAGCUGUGUCCAGCAGCCUGCGGCGGGGGGAAAGAAAGCUAGGUCUACUUGUUCCAGCACCAGCAGUAGCAGCGCCUUCGAUGACGACACCACUGCGGCAAAGCGGCCCGCAUCUAGUAUUUCUAGAAGAAAAGACCUCCUGCAGAGGGCAAGCCUCCUAGUUCGGCCCUGCAACUGCAAACAGAGCGUGGUGCACUUGCCUUGUCUGGAGCAGUGGCUGGCGCAGAAGUUCCCGAGCUCAACAGGUGGGUCAUCCGCGAGUGGGAAGAAGUGCAGUGUGUGCAAGGAGAAUUUGCCGCAGCGACUGCUGAACACGCUUCGAGACCAGCGAAAGAGACUGAGAGAAGAAAUAGCCAAAGAGCUACAGCUGAUUUCUGACGACGACGAGCAAGGAGAAGGACGACGCGGCGUAGAGGAGCCAGGAAACAGUCAAGGCCACCCUGCAAUAAGGGCAAGAACAGGAAAAAAUGUGCCGGGCUUCGUGAGCAGCAACAUUCUUGGUGAUCAGGCGUCGGAUACGGAGGACGAGGAGGACGCCCGGUGCGAACAGGUCGCCGCCGAACUGGGGGAUCUCAUCGCGGUCGUGGGAAAGCCGGUGCGGGAUUUGAGCACGCUGCUCGUAACGUUGGAUAAGGUUCACAUCUUGCUCCUCCGGCCGGCCCUGUGGGUCCUCCGGUUUCAGUACGACCGCAUGUACAAGCAGCCGGUGUGUCUGCCGAGCCACAUUUGCCCUUCGAAAAAACUCCUGUCGCGCGAUGCGAAUGUGGUUUGCGUUUACAUCAGCACGUUCUACUUCAUUCAGAAGUACGUCCGCCUUCUGAUCCGCACGGGCAACGCGGGCGAGGGGUUUUUGCGCGUGCUCGGGCUCGCUCUACGCACCGAACUUGUCGCAGUCGCGCUCGCGUGGUUCCUUUCAGAAGCGAUCGGACAGGAGCGGGAACCAUUUCUGUCGAAUAAAGACGACGCUUACAAAAAGUUCUGCAAAGGUCGGGACCCCACGCAAAACGGCCCUAACGGAGGGCUCGGGAUCUGCGGGACGCAUGCGCAGGCAACCUAUUGGAGUACGUAACGAGCCAGUUGUUCCGUUUCAAGAUUCUGCCGGAAAAAAACGGUUUCCGCUUCGCGUUCGCCUGCUUUUCGUGUUACUAGUGUCCAACUAAGCAGCAGAGGAUUGCUUGUUGUUAUGGAGUGGGAGAAGAGGAAUUCGAUCUGGAUAUAGAAUGCGAAUUCUUUUGGUCCGUACCAUUGAAACUGGGUGGAGGGUAGUUUCCUCAAAGUGCUCGCGAACGAUGCAACUGGGCGAGAAAGCCGAUUUUGCCGCGAGUCCACGAGAAAUUAAUUGUGUGAAUCCUAAAAUACAUGCAUCAUCGGGGUAGUUGUAACCCUAAGUAAAUCAUAAUCUAUCAUGUUGUUUUGACUCUGUUACUUAGUGUUUCGAAUAUGGAACUGUAUUUGGUUUUGAUAAGGAUUAGGAUUUGGAAGGACGAGAACCGGAAACGGCGAAUUGACCAUUUUGGUUUGCGAACCAUAAGCAACUGAUAUAUAGAAAAUUAUGUAGAGAUCUAAUAGCCUUUGGUCGUGGUCAACAUAUUGAUGGCUGCGAUAAGCUGUCCCGGACGCACUGAAUGAACGGCCGCCCGCGAAGAUAAGCAUCAUGUUGAUGUUAAAUGAAGAAAAACUAUCGCAACCGGUCCGCCGACUCUGUCUAGACAUGUUCGUUGUAGAUGUUGACUAGCGUUUUGCUAGGCCCAACAGCAUCAGCAUCAACAUGUAUUGCUGCAUUAAUACAUAGCCCUUGCCAAUAAAUUUUCGGACUUUUUGGACCUCACCUCCCUGAUUUCCGUUUUGUACCCGUUAAAAAAGAUGAGAAGCGUCGAU